GCAAAAAGAAGAAAACAGACAAAUCCUAAGAAAAUAUAAUAAUAAAUAAAUAAAUAAAUAAAAAGAAAGAGAAAAAUCAUCCUCUCUCUCCUCUUCUUCCUUUCCACAGAGAAAGUUCUGAUUGUGUUUCUAUUCUUGAGAACAAAUCUCUCGAUCUCCAUAUUUUCCCCUCUGAAACUCUGAUGCUCAGAGAAACCAUCUCGCCAUUUUCACCUGCCAGCUUCUUCCGAGAUUUCGAGUGUUUUGGAAAUGUUUUUAGUGAGGUAACUGUGGCGAAUUGGAGCUCUGAGUGGGAGUCGGAUUCUCUGGAUGUUUUUAUGUAGCAAUUGUUUUUCUGGCGUGUUCUUUCCUAUGUGGAAGUAUGAGUUAGGGUUAAGACACUGUAGAAUUAUUUAGUUAUGAUUUUGCCAAUCAUAUUCAGGCUGUGAAAAUGAGUCGGUUCUUUCUAGGAACUGCAUAAUUCAGAAAUGGUUGUUAUUGUCCUUUCGUGUUUUUUUUUGGAACAAUCAAAGAUUUAGUAGAAGAAAAUAGAAGGGAGAAAGAUUUAGGGUCCUCUUUCAAGAACUUGGAUGGGUAAUAAGCUGGGAAGAAGAAAACAAGUGGUGGACGAGAGGUACACGAGGCCACAAGGGUUGUAUGCCCAUAAAGAUGUGGAUGUUAAGAAGCUUAAAAGGCUAAUACUUGAAUCAAAGCUUGCUCCAUGCUAUCCUGGUGAUGAAGAAUGCUGUUGUGAUCUUGAAGAGUGCCCAAUUUGCUUUUUGUAUUAUCCGAGUCUCAACAGAUCAAGGUGUUGCAUGAAAGGCAUUUGUACAGAGUGUUUUCUACAGAUGAAGAAUCCAAAUUCCACUCGUCCUACACAAUGUCCUUUUUGCAAAACCUCAAACUAUGCUGUAGAAUAUCGAGGCAUGAAAACAAAGGAGGAAAGGGGCAUGGAGCAAAUUGAAGAACAGCUUGUGAUAGAAGCAAAAAUUAGAAUGAGGCAGCAGGAACUUCAGGAUGAAGAAGAGAGAAUGCAGAAAAGACAAGAAUUAAGUUCUUCAAGCAUUGGUGUUGCUGCAGGGGAGGUUCAAUGCAGCUCAGCAACAGUUGCAGCUCAAUCCUCCAGGGUUCCUGUUGAAAAUGAAGAGGAAAUUAUUUCUUCUCGCCAUUCACAGGCUGCCUCAAUGACAAGACAGCCAUCACAUGCUAGAGCAAACAGGGAUGAUGAGUUUGAUUUUGAUCCCGAGGAGAUAAUGGUCAUGGAAGCGAUCUGGCGUUCCAUUCAGGAGAAUAGCAGACAGAGAAAUACAGCUUAUGUAGAUGCUACUUCUUAUGAACAGUAUGUUGCUGGUGGCCACUAUGUUUCGCCAGUCAUGGCCCUUAUGGCUAGUUCAUCUUCACCUUCCCCUUCUGGUGGUCUUGCUUGCGCAAUAGCUGCCCUAGCUGAACGUCAGCAAAUGGGUGGAGAAUCUUCAUUUAACCCCAAUGCAAAUAUGUCGGCCUUCAACAUGCUUCCACUCAGCAGUAGGUUUAACAACAGGGUGGCACCAGAUGCAGAGAACUAUGCUGCUGCCGGGAGCUCAAUUGACAUGACAGCUGAUUGUAGUAUUGCACCAGAAAGAGAGGAAGGUGUAUGGGAUGUAGAUCAUGGAUCAGAGGUGCCUGAGGCAGGGACAAGCUAUGGAAGCUCUAAUGUGACAGAAGGUGGUGGUGAAAUUUCUGUGGUACCCCAACCAGCUGAAAUUGGGGGCAGUUUUCAAGAUGUCACUGGACACAUUAUACCUGAGAGUUUUGAGGAGCAGAUGAUGCUGGCAAUGGCUAUAUCUCUGGCUGAGGCUCGAGCUGCAACAAGUGCACCAGGAGUUUCAUGGCAAUAGAUUUAUGGCCGAGCUACCAGUGGUUGUUUUUCUCAUACAGACGACGCUGGUCACUGGCUAUGGUUGGCUAGCUAGCCCAGUCUCAGGCUAGCACCGAGUCCUCAAAUAGAUGCAGGCCAACUCUCUUUGCCACACGCCAUAAUUCCUUAUAUAUAGAUGUUAAAAGAAGGUAGCCAGAUUAUUUCAACAAAUGAAACAUUGUUUGGUUUUGCUAUUCAUAAUUAUUCAAAUCCCUGUCCAUUAAACUAUCUUGCAGUUU